AUGAUAUUCGCUGCUCCUUUAUCAAGAAAUAACCAACUAUCUCAAAAUGAGCCAAAAGCUGAAAAGCUUUCUUUUCAAGUAGAAGAUAGCUAUCAUCCUUAUUCAACUGAGGGAAGAUGUAUUUCCAGAAAGAGAAUUAAUGAGACAUAUUAUUAGAAAGCAGAUAAGACUAAGAAUGAAUUGGCAAAAUACAAUCAUUAAGAUUAAGUCUAUCACAAAACUUCAUAUUCUGUUGAGAUCCUACAGUAAUCAAUGAAUAAAAAUAUCCUGCUCUAGAAAUCUCCAAGAGCACAAAACUUGCUCAUAUAAAAAUAAACUCUAGAUAUUCCUAAAUAAGAUCAAGAAAAAUAAAACUUAAUCAAAUUAGAGGAUAUUGGAGGAAAAAAUUUCUAAGGAGAAUAUGGCUAAUUGAGCUCCAGGAGCGAUAACUCAAGAUAAUCAACUUUACCAAAAAGACCUGAAACUACUCUAAUAAAUUUACAAAAAAACAAAAGUAUUUUGCAGCAAAAGCCUAAUCUAUUUGGAUCUGUAGAAUCCAAAAACAAUAAACCAAAUUAAAAAAAUUAAAGCAAUAAUAAAAAUGAAAUGAAUUAACAAUUGAAAAUAUUUGAAUACGAUAAUAUUAAUAUGGAAAAAAUGGCUUAACAAAGAGCAAAGAAAAAUUUAAGUAGGCUAAGUAGUAAUGAGGGUAGACAUUCAAAUAUGAGCAAUUAUAAGUACAGGGAUUUUAGCCCAUCGAAAUAUGAAUAUGAAGGUUGGAUCCCAAAUCUAAGUUUAUACAAGAAACUCAAAUUAAACUACUAGAAAAAGUAGUAAUAACAUUUCUAACCUCCUGAAGAUUUUUUAAAAUACAUCCACUAAUCAUCAAAAUCGAAAGACAAGCAAAAGCAAGCUUUCGUUUUCACCGGUGAGGGAGAGUUAAACCUAAUAGGCUAAACUUCUAAGAAAUAGUAAGAUAUGAUUAAAAAACUGAUUAAUAAAGAACUAUAAAGAGAAGAGGAUCAAGAUAUUUUUUCCUUAAGAACCUUGAAAGUUUUGGUUUAUAGCUUUAGUAAAUUGUGGUCCUCGGAUCUUAUGACAUCCUCUUAAUUAAAUUUAAGAAAACUUACAGAUGAUACCAUGCCUAUUAAAGAACUUUACUUCGACAACAAGCAGUAAUUUGAAAACUUUUGUUAGAAGAUACUAGCAAAAUCACAACCAAAUAAUUAGAAAAAGACAUCAACAUAUCUUUCUCCUCAUAGAUUCACAUAGUCAGAAAUCCAGAUAUACAAAUAGUCAUUUGGAACUGAGAGAGGUAAAGAUGAUCUAUCUAAGAGACUGAGCGAUGUAGCAAUAAGUAAUGUAUUUAAAUCCAGAAAUAAUCAUUAAUCAAAUAAAACUGCCAAUAAUGGAGAUAAGGAUUUUUCUAGAAGUUCAAAGCUUAGUCCUUAAUUUAGAGUUAGUGCAACAUCAUUUAGUAAACAUAGAGAAGAAUUAAAAUUCUUAAGCAAUGGGCAAACCAGAAAUAAAUCACAGAAUAAACUAAAGAUUAAUACUGUACAAACGUCUGUAAGUUUUAAGUCAGCAUUCUGCAACAAUACUAAUAAACAGACAAAAAGCACAAUUAAUUCUCCAAGAGGAGAUUAAUCAAAGAUGUGUCUAGCAAUUAAUCAGAAAUCAAUGAGAUAGAAUUUGUCACCAAAUGGUCUUAAAACAAUAGAAAAUUUUUCAUUCAGCAAAAAACCAAUAAAAAGGAAGAAUACGACUAAAUAAUAGGAGAAGGGCAAUGGUAAUAUCGGAGAUUACUUCAAUAUAAAGCCAUAAGAAUCAAAGAAUAAGAUUAAAUUUAGCAUGAGAAAUCAGAAUAAUAAACAGAAUAGUGCAGUCAAACCCCAAACAUCUACUGAUAAAUUCAACCCAAUAUUAUAUUAAAGAAAGUAACUAAUGGGCUACAAUAAAGAUCUAAAACCUAAAGCUAGCAUUAGUAGCAAAAAUUACUUCCACAAUAAGUCACAAAGCUUUUAAUCAUCAAAAGAUAUACAGCCAGCUUUAAUACAUGACUCAUCUAGUAGGGAGAUAAUUCUCUAUUUAGAUGUAAACAUAGGAGGAGGCUAAAUGCAUGAGCUGAUAAUUCAUCAAGGGGAUGAUGUAAAUGAGAUAGUUCAGUAAUUUAACAUUAAAUAUAACUUGAAUGAAAAGAAAUCGGAUAAACUACUAUCAGUGGUAUAAGAAUGUAUGAAGAAAAAUCUGUAGAAAAUAGAUGAAAAUGAAGAAGAUGACCUCUAGGAGGAUGGACUGGAAGUUGAUACGAAUUUGGAAUUGAAUUCUGAAUUCCUAGUAGAGUGCCAUCAUGAGGAGUAAACUGGUGGAGACGAUGAAAGUAUCAUACAGUUUUAGGCCUCAGAUUUUAACUAUCAUUGA